AUACCUUUAGUUUCACAGGUCCCUAAUCUACCACAUAUAGACGCAAAAAUGUACGACCAAGUAAAAACGUUUCUGCUUUUUAUUGGCUACAAUAGAAGCCGCCAUACAUUACUUGCCUCGUUGCUAGAUGCCCACCCAAACGUCAUCAUUGCCAACGACUUUAACAUCUUGAAAGAGUGGAUUGAAAACCCGCUACUGACGCUGAGGAAGAAAUAUUAUGUUUACGAACUGCUUCUUGCAAAGUCUCACUAUGAUGUCAUGUUUGGCGUGCGAUCGAGGCCAGUCGGUAACAAGCCCGUGAAGUAUCAUUACAAUGUGCACGACGAAUGGCAAGGGACGUUCAAUGGAAGCAUUCAGGUAGGUGACAUUCAAGGUCAUUGAGGCCCGUUCUCGUUCCCAGAGUCACUCGGCUUAAUUUGUAGCGAACAUGUGACCAAGAAACGACGGGCUCUGGGGACGAGAAUGAUUGAGGCCGCGUCCACAGGAAGACCUUAGCCGGAUUUUUUUUUUUAUAAUUUAGAGUUAUGUGAUAUCAAUAGUUUAGUUGUUAAGAACGCUUCUUCUUAUAGUCCCAGGAAAUCGUUAAACGUUGUUGUAUCUAGGCCAAGAAGCGAACAGGGUCGUCGUUCAUUUAAACACAGAGCUGCAAUUGCCUGGAACUCUUUACCCGACACUAUCAAACAGCUUGAAAACCCUCACUCUUUUAAAAGAAAGCUAAAAUCGAUCAAGACCUAUGUUAGGGACAUCAGUUUUCAAAAGGAAUGCUCAGUAAAUUGUAACAAGAACCCUGAAUUUGCAUAUUUUUAAAUUAUUUGAUUAGUCUUUUUUAUCUUAAAUAAUUGUAUUGUAAAUCUUUGCUCUCUUAUCUAGACUUAUUAGUAAUAGUAGGUCCACAUCAGCUGUAGCAGUACAGUUGCUUAUUUCAAACCUACUUAUCAAAUAAAUGUAUGUAUGUAGAUAACAGUGACCUGAACCAGGCUUAGUCGUCCAGCGGUUUUAGUGAAAGCAAGGUGAAAGCAAGGGUUUGGGUGGGGUGCUCAGUAUCGCGGGCUCAUUAAACCUGGUCUUAUUUAAGGAUUUUCCCGUCCACACGAAUCCAGACAUUUUUGAAAGCGCAUAUUUUGUUACCGUGUACACGGGGCAUUAUUAAACCACUCUGGAGAGCGGUUUCAAAACGAUGCGGAUUCGGAGAGAGGAUUCGCUGGUUUCGUGUGGGCCUGGCCUUGGGAGACAGGUUUUGCCGCCAAUAACAACUGUAAACUUUCGUGAGCCUGCGAAUGCAGUUUUGCAUUUGGCAAUCGUUUCCUUUCGAUAACCGCUAGAAAUAUGCAGUCUUUCGGCAUCCAUUAAACUUCAGGCGCAUGGUAUGUUAGUUCAUACUCAACAGUGGUAGGUGGUGGAGGGUUUUGGUGUGCGGUGGUGGGCUCGUUGCAGCCAUGCACCUCCCUGGUCCACCUUGAAUUUUUGCUCUUGUAAUAUUUCGGAACCAGAGAGGAUACAGAAUAAAAACGUGCUCUUUAAACAUAGCCCAAGACGACUUAACAAAUUGAAAUAAUUAUCACGAGACAUGACCAAGUGCUUUUACUAAACUGUGACGUCAUUCAAGCUUUCUCAAACUCCUUGUUUAGGCUUGUUUUUACAAAACCGCUAUUUGAUUUACGAUAUUUUCCACAGGUUAUUGGCGAUAAGAAAGCGGCCCAAGCCUCAGGAAUUUUGAUUAACCCCGAAGGAAUUGAUUCCAUUAAGAAACUGGAGCAGAAACUUGGCGUUCAGGUCAAGUUCAUUCACGUUAUAAGGAAUCCUUUUGAUAAUUAUCACCAGACAUGACCAAGUGCUUUUACUAAACUGUGACGUCAUUCAAGCUUUCUCAAACUCCUUGUUUAGGCUUGUUUUUACAAAACCGCUAUUUGAUUUACGAUAUUUUCCACAGGUUAUUGGCGAUAAGAAAGCGGCCCAAGCCUCAGGAAUUUUGAUUAACCCCGAAGGAAUUGAUUCCAUUAAGAAACUGGAGCAGAAACUUGGCGUUCAGGUCAAGUUCAUUCACGUUAUAAGGAAUCCUUUUGAUAAUUAUCACCAGACAUGACCAAGUGCUUUUACUAAACUGUGACGUCAUUCAAGCUUUCUCAAACUCCUUGUUUAGGCUUGUUUUUACAAAACCGCUAUUUGAUUUACGAUAUUUUCCACAGGUUAUUGGCGAUAAGAAGGCGGCCCAAGCCUCAGGAAUUUUGAUUAACCCCGAAGGAAUUGAUUCCAUUAAGAAACUGGAGCAGAAACUUGGCGUUCAGGUCAAGUUCAUUCACGUUAUAAGGAAUCCUUUUGAUAACAUUGCAACCAUGGCUCUGAGGAGAGCAAAUGAGAGGAAAAAGGGCCAAGAAAUUCUCAAGGUAACGACAAUAUGUCCUGUCCCAGACGUGUCUGUCUAAGGCCUUUAAGCCUCAAUAUCCAAAUACAAAUUCUCCAGACUGAAUCCUCACAUUUCCUUAAAUAACAAGUCGGGAGAAUUUGAUAAUAGAUCCAAGAAUUUUUCCUUUAGUGAUCUUUAACAAAAUUCUCAUAACAUUUCCUCUUGAUUAUGUAUUUACAUUGAUAGGAGAAAGUUGAUAUUGGUCACUCUUGGGGCAUAAAAUUUUAAAGGGAUGUGACCACAUUAUUUGUUGAACUGUAGGACCUAAGCCCUGAGUCGUACAUGGGUACACCAAUUGAUUUUGUUAUCCUUAUUCAGGUAAAUUAUUCCAAGGUACUUGAUGGUAGCAUCUCUAGUUACGGUCGGCUAGCUCAAGGUAGCUUUGAAGUACAGAAGAAAUUUCCUGGUCGGGUACAUGAUGUAGCAAGUAUAGAUGUCAUGAUGGAAACUAGAAAAACGCUUUUGAAGAUUUGUGACUUCUUAGAAAUCACAUGCACUGAAACAUACCUGCGUGACUGUGCUUCAAUUGUGGACCCAAGGCCCUCACAGACACGGCAUAAUGUGGAGUGGACUGGGAAACAGAUCAAACGAGUGCAGAGUCUGAUAGCACAGUAUCCGUUUCUUCAAAGAUAUUCAUUUGAAGAUUAA